AUGGAGGUUUCCACAAAAGGCUUUCGAAAAGUUGCUCAAGAUUAUAAAUUUGCUAUUGAAGAUAAAGAAAAUACUGAUAACAACGAGCAGAAUCAGAAUAAGGAUGACCUACACGAAAAUGACAGAGAUAUUCAAGAUUCAGAGCAGAAUGAAGCAGCCCAGGUAGUGCAAGAGGAUUACAAUGCCAUAAAUAUUUUGAAUGAAGAUUUAAGGAUAGAAAGAGAAAGAACACCAGGCCCAGUGAUUCAUAAUGAGAGAGCACCUACUCCAAUAGUUAUGGUACAAAGAGAAAAUGAAAGAACACCCAGCCCAACACCCACUUUAACAGAGCCACUUAUAUCCCCUAAGGAUAUUUGGCCCCUUCCGAUAAUGAAAACUCAAAAUACAAAUCGUAAAAAUAGUUGA